AUGUUUUGUUGUUUCCAGUCACAGACCGCGACGGAAAAAGGCACGCGAGAGGCAAACAGCCCCUUUCAAGCAGCACAAACCCACGACGAUGCAUACACAUCCACAGAUGACCCCGGCCAGCUCAGCACGUCGCCAGAGGAGUACUACCCCGAGGGCGGACGAGCCGCGUACCUGGUCGUCCUCGGGGCCUUCUGCGCCAUCAUGGGCGGGCUCGGCCUCAUGAACAGCAUCGGCGUCUAUCAGUCCUGGAUCGCCAGCCACCAGCUGCGGGACCUGGACCACGGGACCCUCGCCUGGAUCUUUGGCCUCUUCAACUUCAUGGUCUUCUUCUGCGGCAUCCAGAUCGGGCCCGUCCUCGACGUGUACGGGCCGGCGUGGCUCAUGGUCACCAGCCUGGCGCUGUACGUCGCGGCUUUUAUCUCCCUCGGGUACUGUCGAGAGUAUUGGCACUUUGUCCUUGUCAUAGGCGUCGUCGCAGGGCUUGCUACCUCUAUCGUCUUCGUGGUGCCCGUCGCCGUCAUCGGCCAGUACUUCCAGAGAAAGAGGGGAGCAGCGACGGGCCUGGCUAUGUCGGGGGGCAGUCUUGGUGGUGUCGUCUUCCCCCUUAUUCUCGACGCGUUGGGCGACGACAUUGGCUUCGCCUGGACAACCCGUGUCAUCGGCCUCGUCACGGUCUGCCUGUUACUCGUGGGCUGCAUCCUGCUGCGACCGAGACCGGGCUUCCGCAGGCAUCACGCGGCCACGAAGAACAUAUUCCCGGACUUCCGCAUUCUCUUGCACCCGGCCGUCAAUCUGAUGACGCUGGGGGUCUUUUUCAUCGAAUGGGGCUUCUUUGUCGGGCUGGAGUACAUCGCGUCGUACGCCCUGGCGAACGGCAUCAGCGAGCGGCUCUCGUACCUGAUGGUUGUCUUCCUCAACGCCGGCUCGUUCCCCGGGAGGUGGCUACCGGGUCUCGUGGCGGACAGGUUCGGGCGGAUGAAGACCAUGAUCGUGACGAACCUGCUGUGCAUCGUCGCCAUGCUCGCCAUCUGGCUGCCGGCCAACGGCAACGUCGUCGCCGUCAUUGUCUUCUCUGUCGUGUUCGGCUUCGCCAGCGGCAGCAAUAUCAGCCUCGUGCCUGUCUGCGUGGGCGAGUUCUGCUCCACGCAUGACUACGGACGCUACUACUCGACGGUGUAUACCGUUGUAAGCCUUGGGGCGUUGACCGGCGUGCCGAUUGCCGGCAAGAUACUCGCACAAUCUGAUGGCGCUUAUUUUGGGCUGAUCAUCUUUGCUGGUGUGUCGUACGUAGCCGGUGUCAUUUGCUUCCUCGGUCUCGUCGUAUUUAAAAAACGGUUGCUUUAG